AUGUCGGCAAUCGGAGGUAUUGUCUUUUGCGUGGGUUGCGGCAAUCUGCUUCCCGAAUCCAUGGGUAGUAAGAAGAACAUCUUGAAAUGUGAAUGCUGCGGACUAGAGUCCAAAGAUAUUGCACAGAUAAAGACCGAAUCGUCGACCACGCCGAACGAUUUCCCUUCACAACUUCGACAGAAGCUGCACACCUCGAUUCAGGCCGUCGAGAGGCAUAAAGUUGAUACUAUGGCGAAGACGGAGGAGAAAUGCCCGAAGUGUGGUGCCCGCGAGGUCCGAUACACAACACUACAGCUCCGAAGUGCCGACGAGGGAAGCACGGUUCUCUUCUUCUGCGACUGUGGACACAAGUGGAACCAAGACAACUAA